UCGUCGAGAGCAAACUCUGUGUCACAGUGAGCUGCUAUUGAAUAUAAACGUUCCUUGUUCGCCUUUCCAAAUUUCGAUUAAUUGACGUUGUUUUGUUUCGUGUGUGUGUAUAACUCACCUUUUUGAAAUAGGAUUUUUGCUGCAUAAUUAAUUUGUUUACCGGGUGGAUGAUGAUGGUGUGAAGUGAUGUGUUACGAAAGAUUUUACUAAUUCAUAUUGUGGUGUUACCGACUCACUUUAUGUCUACAAUUUUAUGCGAAAAAGCAAAACAGAACGUGAACAUCACGGUGGUUGGUUUAUUAACAUAAUAUGUGAAAUUACUCGGAAUACAAACUGUAAUGUAAUUAAAAAAUUAGGUUAAAAGAUACCUAAAACAUAAAAAUGGCAUAACAUCUUAAAAUUCGUAAUUUUUCACUGCAUUUGCGACAAAAAACUGAAACUUAAAUUUUAUGUCGGUGAAAGUGUAAGUUCGACCGCACUGUGAACUUUAUAUAAUAUUAUUGCAGUGAUUAAAGAAAUUAUGGAGAGUAUAAUGGAAAUAAUUGAAUAAACCAUUUGAAAGAGAGUUUCAUCUACUCCAUGAAUUUACGAUGAGAAAUUCCAUUAUACAACUUGAUAAAGUGAAAUGAAAGAAAGAAACGUAAAAAAUUAUAAUUACUUUGAUAUGAGUUCGGUUUCCAGAUUGGUUAAGUGCCUACAUUAUGAUGUUCACUAUAUAAAUUACACGAAUUAAAAAAAUAUGAUUCCGGUGAUCAUAAAACUUAAUUAUUUGAUUCAUCAGCAACUUGAAAUUGCCGCAACAUAAUGUCUUUCGCAGAUCUUUUAUAAAACGAAACAAUGGAGCGAAAUCGUCGUCCUCCUGGUGUCGAAGAGGCACUGUCUUCGAUGCUGUGGACACCAUACGAACGCACCCCAACUGAUUCGUCUGAUGACGAAAUUUCGUCACCAUGCAAAACGAUGCGUUCGAAGUGUACCAAUAAUAUGAACGUUUCAUAUUCGUAUUCAGCAACAGAUCGACAUCUAUAUCCCGAACCAAUUCGAUACAGUUAUCCGGGCUAUAUACCAUUCAUGCCAAAAGCAUUUAGCGGUCAAUCGCAAGAACAGCUACCAUCAUAUGAAAAUAUUCAGAAUGAACGACAUCAUCGAAGUUUGAACACAAUUGCAUCAACAGGAAUAUAUUUUAUACCGCCGUUUACAAAUUAUGGAUCAUCAAUGGUGAAUUCGUUCACGGAUGACUUUAUGCAAUAUCAGGUCAGAAAAUCAACAUACAAUAAUUCAACCACAACAACACGACAAAAUCUGUCUUCAAUCAAUGCAACGCCAACCACAAUAUCUUCCGAUAAUAAUCGCUUUUCCAAUGACUUUAGUUCAUUAAAUUUGAAUUUGCCAUCUUCACACAGCGGUUCAGCCAAUAUGAUGCAAACCAUAACAAGACACGGAGACCUACAUUUUUCAAAACAAUCCAAUGACGAUCAGGUUUAUCAUUACAGUCAUGAAAACAUCGAUGAUGACAACAGUGACAACGUUCGUGGUGCAGCAAUAACAACACAAACAACAACAAACAUAACAAGAGAAGCAAGAGAAUAUGUUGCGGAUCUACCUGAUGAGUUUAGGGUCAGUAAACCUCUGACACACCAAUCCGAAUUCACAAAUCGAUCACGUGACUUCACACAACAACUAGACGGCAGCCAUCAUACGAAUAACAACUUCUACACACAAACCAGUCACAUUCAGAUCGUCAAUGCGAACACAUCGACUGCGCACGUACAAUUUGAAUUAAAUUCAAGUGAAAGUAGUAAAUGUGUUCGAAACAUCGAGGGUACAGUGAUGCGGUUGAAUGUGCCCGCUGCUGUCCCUGAGGGUGGCAAUCAAACGAUGUUCGUUAGCGGUAACGAUAGAGCCACAACAGUCGGUUGUUCGGAUAAUACGCGUAUUUUGGAGAAUGGAACACUUAUGGGUGCCAUUGUGCCGCAACCUAGUUUGACGAUUCACGUUAAUCAGGGUGACCAUAAUAAUCAACAAGAUGUUGUCAAUCAAUCAUCUGGAAUUAGUAUUGUGAAUUGUUAUCGAGCAGUGCCUGUGCAAAUAGUGAAUAAUUGUAGUGGUAAUAGUGCUGAUGAAUCGAUGCAUGUUGUUAAUAAUUUGAAUGCGAAAUGUGAUAAUCAGAUGAUAAAUGAUCAAGUACAAGUGUUGAGUGAAGUGAAAUGCGAUAGUUCUAAUACAAUGGAUACACGGAAUUUACAGCAUCGAACAUACACGUCAACCGAAGCUCAAACAGAUGAUCUACAAGAAUCGAGCACUGAAAUUUUAACCCAUCCUGUUCAAGUUCAUCCAAAUCCUAUCCAAAGCCAAACUGACAUCUCAUUUGCACGCGAGCAAAGACGACGAGAUCGUAGAGAACGAAGACAUAUAAGAAAUUCUAGACAACAACACAUACAUCCCGCUCCAUCGUCUCUUCGCCCUGCAUUUGAAAUUCUUCCUGACAUUUUAAAUAGUCAUGUACCUCCGCCUUAUACUGCCUUAACCUUAGCAGCUGUGCCUCCUUCUCAACCUCAGGCUGUAUUGGUACCGCCAAUAAUAACACCACUGCCUGUUGGACCACCAGAGGAUGGACGAUACACAUUUCCAUUGCCUAUUAUGCGAAGGUCACCUUCUGAACGUUCUGGUAAAGGAUGUUGUGGUCAAUGGUUCGCUGGACCGCCAUUACGUGCUGUUAUAUUUGUUGUUGCAUUGGGUGGUCUUGCAUGUGCAUUAGGUGGUGCGGCGCUGGGUGCCACUGGAUUAGCAGGACCACCAACCUCACAUUUUACGGCUGCAUUGCUUAUGACAGGUGUUGGAAUGAUUUUGGUUACAGUAAGUGGAGCAGCAUGGCGUAUGACAGCACCCGGUGCACCUCAAUGUCUUGGAUUGGGUUCAGGUGGUGAUUUGGGUCGUUGUGGUCGUCGACCCUGUAGUGGUAGAGCGCCACAUGGUCUACUGUAUCCUGAAUUUCAACAUCGACCGCCUCCACCAUCGUAUCAAGCUAGCAUGCAAGAAUACAGGCUUAGGUUAUUACUAUUGGACCGAGAUAGGCAAUCUGGUGCUGUAAGGGGAGCGUCACCGCCACCCACAUAUCGAUCGAAUGCUGGCAGUUUGUUAAGAGUUCCCUUGGCUACACGUAGUAACCCUUGUGGGCCUGGAUCAGAAUAUAGUUUACCACCAAGCUAUCGAGCCCAACAUCAAAUAAAUAACUCACGACCAUCACCGCAAACGAUAUCAGGUGCUAAUGGUGCCAGUGAUACUGCCGCCAGUGAUUCAUUAAACGCUUCGCUUGACGUACCCAACCAUUUAUCUACCGACUCCGUAAUAGCGGUGCCACAACAAAUGCACCAACAACAGCAAACUCAAAACCAACGUCACCAGCGACUACAACAAAACUCAAUUACAUCGGACGCAUCCCCGGAAAGUAUCAAACAUAAUGUUCUGGUUGAUGUUGUAAAUAACACGAAAAUUAGUCAAAUCUCUAAUAAUGAGAAUAGUUCAUUAACGACAACCAAUAUUGUUGACCGAUCGCAUCGAAAAUCCAAUGGAACAAAGGAUGGUAUCGGAAAUAAUGUUAAGAGUGAAAACAGUGCCAGAAAAGAUUUAGUGACCAUUGUUACAAUAUCCGGUGUACCGUAUACAGACAAUGAUGCUGCAUCAGGCGAAAUGGACAUCUUGGCUCAUUUGUAGAUUAAGGACGGAUUUUCUUUGCGUUUUUUAAAAUUUGCGGUAAUAAAAUCCUGUAAUUAACCCUUCGGAAGCGGCUAAUCAUCGGUUGUCGACAAAAAUGACAAAAAUAAGGAAUGAGCUGAAGUGUCUUUGGUUAAACUAAUGAAGUAAAAGAUUUUGUAUUAGACCAAUAACACGUAGCAACAGAUUUGAUAAUACCGUAAUACGCUGCCGUUUCUAAAGGGUUAACUUGAAGUCAAAAAUGAAAACACGACAUUGGUCGAAUCGAGAAUUUUAACUAAAUUGUAAAGAGUUAGCAUUUUACUUGAUAUUCGCCACCGUUUGAUGUAAUUUUCAGUUUAAAACUGUAUCCCAACCCACGGUGUCCAAUUAAAUCGAUACCCAUCACGCAUCAGAAACAAGCUUUCCGAAGUAUUGACAGACAUUGUGGUUAUAGUGCAAUGCCUCCAGGGUGUUAAAGUCAAAACCGUUAAGUAUUCUCUGAUGUGUACUUCGGUGAAUUGAAGAAACUAUUUCGUUUCUACGAAAACGUUCAUUGACUGGUCUCAUGAACACAUUUCACAAAUUUUCCAUAUUUUCGUAUGGAUGGGUUGGGUGAAGGGGAAUGAAUUUGUUGAAAUUAUUUUUAGAUUCUGACCAAUUUUUUUGAUUUACUCUUCAGUUCAUUUGGGUGUACAUAAUACCAUUAUUAUUAAGUCUUUCUUUUUGAUAUUUUAAAUUUGUGUGAGAGCACGUUCGAGACAUGCUAAUGGAAACUGUUGGGCGAAAUGUGCUUUUUGGUCAAAAAUAAUGAAUUUGGGAAAAAUGAAAAAAAUACAACUUCAAGCAUCCUCAUUUGCUUGAAUCGUAAGUUUAGCGGCGAAGCUGUCCCUUGGGUUCAGAACAGCAAACUGACUGUUGUUCUAAAAGUAAAUUUUUGUCGGAACUUAAAAGCUUAAUUGAACUUUUCAACAAUGUCCUUACAACAAUUACAUAAGGGCAUAAGGGACAAUAAGUCGUACAUGGUCAUUUUAUAUUAUAUUGUUUUCUGUUAUUUAAAUUUUGUUUUGUUUUUCGCUGUAAAAUCCAUAAUACUCAUCA